UCUAAGAUGCAAGGUAGACAUACAGUUAGAAACAAUAAUGGUGUUUAUUGUUAAUUUUUAAGACAAUAGUUCUAUUUUCUUACCUUCUCUUCCAGACAUGUCGGCGUUUACUUAGCUAGGCAAAAUGCACUGCUCCCAAUCCAAGCUCCGCGCUGUUAGGACCCAAUGUUCUAACCGGAAAAGAAUGUCCAUUACGCGCCUGAAUACAAUGUGACUGUCAAAUGGAGCACAGAAGCUAACGAAGACCACUACUAUUAUGUCAAGUUGAAUUUGAGGACACUGAGUAGCUAACCGGUGUCAGCAGAAGUGUCCUUAAGGCGGCGUGAGGGUAUUCUUCAAUGAAAUACAGGGGAUCUCUGGUCAUAUCACGGAGCUAUGGUACAAGCUCUUUCCUUGUUCAGCUCCCUGGCAAGCUUAGAGCGGAAAUCUUUGCCAGUAGAGGUUACUGCACCCCCCAUGAAAGCCCAAAAGAUGAACCCAGUAAAGCAGCGUAUGCUAAACAUCGCGCAGUGGCCGCGCUGCAGAAGGGUACAGAGCUGGGACAGCAGUGGGGGCAGAGUUUAGCGACGACCGCCUCGGCAACGGCCAACUACUGGUGGGUAAAGUACGAAGAGUUCGUGGGCUUAAACGAGGUGAGGGACGCGCAGACCAAGGUCACAGAGGCAGAGAAGGCGUUCAUGGUGGCGAGGGGGAUGGUGCAGGAGGCCCAUGUGAGUGUGGAGGCGCUGCAGGGGAGGCUGAAGGAGGUGCGGGACCGGCUGGAUCGCGUGUCUCGGGAGGAGGCGCACUACCUGGAGCUGGCCACCGUAGAACACAAGCUGCUGCAGGAGGAGCGGCGCCUGCGGACAGCCUAUGAGAGCGCGGAGGGGGCGGAGCGGGAGCGGUUCUCCCUGUUCUCCGCGGCCGUGCGGGAGAGCCACGACAAGGAGCGCACGCGGGCCGAGCGCACCAAGAACUGGUCCCUGAUCGGCUCGGUCCUGGGGGCCCUGAUCGGGGUCCUGGGCUCCACCUACAUCAACAGGGUGCGUCUGCAGGAGCUGCGGGGCCUGCUGCUGGAGGCGCAGAAGGGCCCGGUCAGCCUGCAGGAGGCCAUCCGGGCGCAGGCCGGCUCGCACCGGGCCCAGCAGGAGGAGCUGCGCUCCCUCAUCCACACCCUGAGCGGCGCUCUGAGGGACCGGGGCCGCCAGGAGGGCGGGGCUCCGGGAAGUGGCCCCGCCCCUGCCCCACAGAGCCCCGCCCCCGCCCCACAGAGCCCCGCCCCCGGCGUCUCUGAGUCUGCUCUGCGGGAGCUGCUGCUGUGCGCGCAGAAGGCUCAGAGCCUGAUGGAGGGCCUCCAGCCCCAGCUCAGCCUCAUAGAGGGCCUCCAGCCCCAGCUCGCACACCUGGAGCGGAGCGUGGGCGACGUGGAGGCCGAGCUCCAGGCCGUCAGGGCCUCCAUCGACAGCCACUACGGGGCGGACAAGGUGGUGGUCAGCGCCCCCGACGCGCCGGUGCUGGUGUGCGACACGGAGGACGUGAUGCAGGGUCUGGCCCGGACCGAGGAGCGGCUGGGGAACCGGAUCAAUCAAAGCACCUUGUACAGCACAGUUCUGACUUACAGCGCCUUCGCCCUCACUGUGCCUCUGCUGUACAUCCUCUUCAGAGGCAGCUGAACAGCGUUGCGCUCGUAGUCCGUGGGACGGCACUAGAAGCCAAAUUAGAGCUGCUGGAAUAGUUUCACUUCUUUGGUGUACAGGGAAGCUGAUAGAUGCACUGAAUACUAAGCAAUGUUUAAAAAAUAAAAACGAAAUAAUUAUGUGGUGUCUAUGAAAUUUAUCAACCAAUUUGUUUAAAAUGUAUUUGUAUGCACUAUAUUACAGUAUAUUAACUACAGUUUAGACCAAUGGAUCUUUUCAACAGAUCUUUUUCAUUGCAGACCCUUCUACAUUGUGGUAUGCAUUGAUUCUGUUGACCCACCAGCUUGUUUUGAUUUUGUAUCCUGUCAUCAGCAGCACAUUGUUAUGGGCAUUUUUCCUGCCUCUAGAGGUACAGAAUCUGUGAAGUUGGGAAAUUGUGCUUCUUCAUGUGAAAUUGUCACAUAACUGCAUGACAUGAGAUGAUAUGAAAGCUGUCAGGUGCGUGAGGCAAAUGUUUAUUUUUCUUUUGUAAAAUUCAUCAUUCAUUUUUGUUGUAGUGUUUGCAUUCAAAGGAUCAAAUUGUCAAUACACAAAAAUGUAUUGAUAGGGCAUUAUAGCAUUAUAUAGAAAAUAAUUUAAAAAAAUAGAUAUAUUUGAAAUACAAAAAGUGAAAAAAAUUGAAGAGAAAUAUAAUGAAUGAAAACAAAUAAUAAAAGUAAAAGAAUGUAA